UCUGUUUAUACCAUGAUUCUAUGGACUCUAUUCAUUCGUAUCUCAUAGUUUACAUCUUAUAAUUGAGCAUCAUAGUUCAUGCUUAACUUGUAUGCGCGUUUUUUUGUUAAAUAUUAACUAACGAAGAACGACAGCGAGGAAUAGAAUUAAGAAAAUUUUGUUUGAACGAAAGAAGCUAAUGAAAUUAACCAUCCAUAUUAAGAAUAUUUAAUUGAAUUAAAAUAAAAGCGUAAAUUCAUAGAUGAUGAAUAACGGAGAAUUAAUGGCGGAAUCCUUGUGUAAGGAGUCCAAAAUACCAAACAAUAAUGUGAAUGCCGUAACUGACCAAGAACGUGAAUUGGCUCGGGAGGCACAAGUUGAAUAUUUAAAAGCUGACUUUUCUACUUGCUCCAACUUGCUUGGAAAACUCGAACUUCUGAGACCCCAAGAUUUAAAAAUAACACACAACAAAAUCAUUGUUGACUACUACAAGAGCAAUGAUUAUAGGAGAACAGAGAUUUUGAAAAAAAGUUUAAAAGCAAUAGCUUUGGCAACAGUAACAAUUGUAUCGCAGACACAAGAAGCCGACGAUAUUGAGAAGAGUGUCUUAAGGUAUAAUCAAGCAGUGAUCCUUUAUCACUCAAGACAAUAUCUGGCUGCUUUGGAAAUUAUAAAUAGUUUAUUUGCAUUAAUUGAACCAAUGGAGGAAAGUUUUGUUCAUAAAAUUUGUCUCCUACUCAUUGAACUGCAUUUGAUAUUAGAAAAGCCAGACACUGCUUUAACAUUAGUGAAUUAUAUAGAAGGUCAGUUCACAUCAACUGCUGAGUCUUCAAAAUCUGCAUUAGGUGAACAAAAUCAAAAUCAAAAACAUGAUGGUAUAAUCAAAUCUAGUGCGAGAACAACUGCGAUAGAAAAAGAGCCAAAAAAAGAUAGUAUUGAUGUAGCUACAGAUGCUUUCAGAAUAAAACUUCUAAAGUAUAAAUUAAGAAUUUAUCUUAGAACUCUUCAAUUGAAACUUUGUAAAAGAGAAUGGAAAACAUUGGUAUCUUUAGGAAUGCCUACUAACCUUUCAACAAUUUUUUUAAAAGCAAAUCUUGAAUAUUUAAGAAAAAAUUUUAAAAAAGCUUUAAAACUUCUUAAUACUAUCAAUAAAGAAACAUGUCCAGAUUUCAAAACAUGCGGAGAGUGCAUUGCUGUCUUGUAUUAUAAUAACAUUGCGAGCCUUCAUUUUGCACUAGGAAAACCAAAUCUAGCAUGUUUUUAUUUAAAAUCUGCAUUGGAAGAAAAUAAAAAAGUUGUUGAUAGCAUUAGAACAGAAAGUACUAACAAUUUAAUAGCUGAUUUAUCACGAUCACCACCACCGCUACAUGCUCUUGAAAAAAAUAAACAUUACGAAUUAAUGUAUAGUUUAGGUGUCAGUUUUCUCUACACAGGGCAAGCAACAAAGGCUUUUGAUUAUUUUAUCGAAGCUGCACAACAAUUACAUAAUAAUCCAAGACUUUGGUUAAGAAUGGCAGAGUGUUGUAUAAUUUGUCAUAAACCCUCGAACAAAGUUGAUUUUGAUAUUUGUGGAAGGCGUAAAGAUAUAGUAGAAAAGAUUAUAGGAGAAAACAAUGGUAGUAGUAUUAGCAAAAAAUUUAUCUUGGCAGCUACUCUAUCGAAAAAUUGUAAAUAUAAUUCUGAAGGGAUAUCAUAUGCAAUUCCUCAACCAACAUUAGAGUAUGGAAUGCUGUGCCUUAAAAAUGCUUUUUUUUUAUUACCAACGACAAAUUGUGAAGAAAUGAACUUACCUAUAAAUAAUUUACCAACUGAAGAAGGAGUAAAGAAAACAAUAAUUGGACAUCAACAACAAACAAGUUUACUUGGGUCACUUACCCCUUCGAGUCACAAAUUAGGAAAUAAUACUAAUGCAACUGGACAUGUUAACUCAACUCAAAACUCAACUCGAACAAUACCAUCACAGUCAACUAUUGUUGAAAAUUUAAAUUUAAAAAUAAGUAUUUUAACUGCCAGUGCUUAUAUAUCAUUGUGCUUGGGUGAUUAUUUAUUAGCAUUAGAAUAUGCUAAAUCUCUACUUAGUAUCAAAAAAUUACCAGGAGCACAUUUAUUACUUGGCAAUCUAUAUGCAGCUGAGAGUCUUAUUUUUUUAGAUAGAAUUUACGAAGCCUUAGAACAUUUAAAACCUGAAAAUCUUCAAGAUAUUAAUACUUAUAUACCCAUAGGAGAGGUCGUUGGUGAUAAAGAAAAAAUAAUUGAAGAAAUCAUUGAACAAAAACCAAGUAGAAUAUCAUGGUACCCACUAAAUAUAGCUACUGCAAAAUCAAUUCUUCGAUAUAAUUUAGCAGUUGCUUAUGCUAUUCGUGGCGAACUUGAUAAAUCUGGAGAAAUAUUAAAACAGGUUUGGACAUCUAAAGGCCCUGACUGUGAUGUACCAAUACAUAUUAUCAUGUUGGCUCUUUAUAUAGAAUUGCAAUUAGGUCAUGUUGAUAUUGCACGUUCUUUAAUAAAACAACAUUACUAUCCAGUACAGCAAUAAUAACAUUGGAUAAAAUUAUUUAUU